AUGCCGCUGGCCGGUGGUGGCGGAGGGGGAAGUAAAAAACAUCCUCCGCAGUUCCGUCAGCUUGGCGGCGGUUGAACGCUGUGUAACACUGUUGGCGGCGGUUGAACGCUGUGUAAAACUGUUGGCAUGCCGGGCGCCUGUUUUUGUGUCGUUCCGCGUAAGUAAACAACCGGUAAAAAACACCCCGGUCCUUCGACAUGAGCCCGAACGAGCACUCGCUGCAGGCGCUGUCCUGGCGGAAGCUGUACCUGAGUCGGGCUAAACUCAAGGCUUCCAGCCGGACGUCAGCCCUGCUUUCUGGAUUUGCCAUGGUGGCCAUGGUGGAGGUGCAGCUGGACAACAGCUAUCCCUACCCGCCCGCUCUCCUGAUCGCCUUCAGCGCGUGCACCACCGUGCUCGUGGCCGUCCACCUGUUCGCCCUGAUGGUCAGCACCUGCAUUCUGCCCAACAUCGAGGCCGUCAGCAACGUGCACAACCUCAACUGCGUGCAGGAGUCUCCCCACGAGCGCAUGCACCGACACAUUGAGCUGGCGUGGGCUUUUUCUACGGUCAUCGGUACUUUGCUCUUCCUCGCCGAAGUGGUUCUGCUCUGCUGGGUUAAAUUUUUACCCGUCAAGCCAAAGUCCAGCAAUGCAACGAUUUCCGCCGGUGUGGCCGCCGCGAUCACUUCCACCUCGAUCAUGGUGCCCUUCGGUUUGAUCUUCAUAGUUUUCGCUGUGCACUUCUACCGGUCUCUGGUCAGCCACAAGACUGACAGGCAGUUCCAGGAGCUGGAGGAGCUGUCUAAUCUCACCAGGCUACAAAACGAGCUGGACAACAGAGGGGAGUCUUCCAUUUUGCAGUCUCCGAGCUCACAUUUCCCUUAGUGAGGUGGACAUGCAGCUAUGGUGGAACUGCUUGGUAGUUGGCCAAGCCAGAGCCUAAUGUGUGUUGUUUUUUUACACCGGUAUGCAGAUGUCACACCUCUGUGUUGUGAACUUUACUUUUGUGAAAUCUUUUUUUUUUUUUUUUUUUUUUUUAGAAAACAUGUUUGCCCGAACUCGCAAAUCUGCCGUGAUGCAUGACUCUAAAUUGGAAAGUCUUAAAUGAAGUCUUGGUUAUGAUAGUGGCUUGAUUUAUCUUUACCAUUAUGGCAGACAUCUGAGUAAUAACUUGAAAUCCUGUCUGUGGCCUGCUUCAUUUAUUCACCCAUUUGUCAGUGAACACUGCAUUUGUUAAUAUUCACACAUUGCCUUAUUACUAGUAUUUAACCCUUUCGUUCCUUAUUAAUGGAGUACAUUAUUUAUUGUACGUACUUUGUGUAGAAUAGUUCAACAACUGCUAAAACUGCAAUAUUAUAGUUGCUGACACACAUAGCACAAGCUUUAGAUACCUUUAUACCAAGCGCCAAAGUUUUAGCUUUACCUAAAUAAUUUGGAUGCGUCCAUGUAACCAACUAUUAUUAACAGGUCGAUUAAGUCAUACGUGUAUUACUACAAGUGUUAAGUUAAUUAGAGAACUUGAUCCCCAACAGUUUAUCCCUCUGAUGCCGAGUUUGUUCUUUUUGUAAAGCCUGAGCACUUCACUUGUCUCGCGUAUGCUGAAUUAGCUCGUUGUUUUUUCGCCUUAGAGUUCACAUGGAUUGCUUUUCAAUUAAGCAGUCUAAUUGCAUUUAACUGUUUGUUGUAUUAAAAAAAUGUUUGAAGAAAAAAAAACA